AUGGAAUCAAUUGGUGCAGAAAGGUGUCCCUCUAGGACCUCAAGCAUCUCAGCAGCCUCCGAAGAAACAUUAUGCAGACAUAGUGGUGAUCAUGAUCAGAAAAACAUGAUCAAUCUGAAGAUGAAAGAGAAAGUUGUUAGUGGAACUGAACCAUUAACCUUGCCCGAUUCAUCAAGUUCUCCUGUUUUGCUCGAUUUGAAGCUUUCUAAUGAUGAUUCUCUCGGUGGAUCAAAGCUAGAAUUCAAUCUUUUUAGCCCUAUUAAUGCAGGAUCUUUUCAUGCAAAUGAAUCAAUAGAUGAGACUUUGAAACUAGCAGAUUCAAGGGUUUUCUCGUGCAGCUAUUGCAAGAGAGAGUUCUCCACAUCCCAAGCUCUUGGUGGGCAUCAAAACGCACACAAACAAGAGCGUGCAAUAGCCAAAAGGCGUCAAGGGAUGGAUGUGGAUGCUUUUGGGCACUUUCCAUACUAUCCCUGUUCAAACCCUUCAACACACCCUUAUUAUGGAUCUUUCAAUAGGUCACUUGGCAUGGAGAUGGAUUCCUUGAUUCGCAAGCCAUCAUCUUAUCCAUGGAGUACAUCCUCAAGUGGGUAUCGUUUUGGCCUUGGUGGGUGGUCAAGGCAGGCCAUGAUGAAUGCACAACCGACUUCCAUUGAUAGGCUAAGAAUGGAGAGUUUGAAUUCUCUUAAUGGUAGAUAUGGAAACUCUACUGCCUCUUCUUCUUCUUCUUCAAGGUUUGAGGACAUUAAUGACUUAUUUCGCAACUUUGGUGGUUCUUCGUCAUCAAAUAUUGCAACCAAUAAGCCAUCCAAUAUUGAUAUUGAUCAGCUCCAGUUAAUUGAACCUCCAAAAAGUGAUCAAGCUAAUCCAUUAGGACUUGAUUUGUCCCUAAAGCUUUAG